AUGACUGUGGGAGAAUAUGCGGCAAAGUUUGAAUCCUUAUCGCGAUACUUCAAGUUUUUUCGUCAGACCAUUGAUGAAGACUUUAUGUGUCACCGUUUCCAAGAUGGAUUGAAGUAUGAAAUUCAAGAUUCGGUACUACCUCUGGGAAUCACGCGAUUCCAACCCCUAGUGGAAAAGUGUAGAGAGGUAGAGGCUGUGAAGAACCGCAGGCUGAAUCGUGGGGGUGCUAGUAACCACGGGGGACCAACACGACCGAGUAAUCAGAACCAGGGUCAUAAUAGACCAGAUCAAAACCCAUAUCAUCGUCCCCAAGGGUCAGAUAAGGGACCAUAUCAUCCAAUGACCUCCAUUUCAGAUGAUAGACAAAGGACUUCAGAAUCAAAGCCAUACUGUUAUCGUUGUGGAGACCCAAGACACCUUGCGAAUAGGUGCACUCUCAACGACAGUGUAUGUUUUAAAUGCCAGAAGCCCAGACAUCUAGCCAGGGAUUGCAAAGAACCAAAGGCAGAAGCCUCACUGAAUGCAACUGAAGUCACACGCCCAACAGCUCAAGGACGAGUUUACAAUAUAAAUGGUCAAGGGACGUCUCGUCUCAAUGAAUCCUUCCAAGGGGAGUGUGAAAUCUCAGGUAAUAUUCUAAGCGUCCUUUUUGACUCUGGUGCAACACAUUCAUUUAUCUCUAUGGACUGUGUGAAGCUAUUGGAAUUGCAUAUCACAACCUUAUUGUUUGAUUUGUCUGUUACCACUGUUGCUGAUAAUGCUUUAAUUGCAAAUACGACAUGUAUGCAUUGUCCUAUAGUUGUGUUGAGUAGGAAAUUUAAUGUGAAUCUCAUUUGUCUACCUCUUAAGAACCUCGACGUUAUCCUUGGUAUGGAUUGGUUGUCACACCAUUAUAUUUUGUUAUAUUGUGGUCGUAAGACUGUAAUUUUUCCCGACCCAGAGCUUUCUAAAUUCUUAGCUGCGCACGAAAUCAAGGUUGCUCUUAAGGAAGGUGAUUUGGAGAUUUUGUCCCUGGCUAGUACGGGAGUUACUCGUGAUGUCAAGAUAAAGGAUAGACUAGUGGUUAGGGAUUUCUCUAACGUGUUUCCGAUUGAUGUACCAGGACUACCGCCAGCGUGA